UAUCCACGUCUCUCGGUCUUACCCCACUCUCUAUACUUGUGGCUCUAUCGGAAAUCAUCAAAUUACAAACCCUAGAAAAAGCUCCAAUCGACAGACACACCUAAUUCACAACGAAUCAUCACGCUCACGAUUUCCCGAGGCUAGGGAUUUUAUUCUAUCGUCUUCCAUCGUCUCCGUUUACCUGCUAGAUUUCAGAUUCAGAGCCCAGGGGUGAUGGACGAUAGCUGUGCAGUAUGUGCGGAAAGCUUGGAGUGGGUGGCGUACGGUGCCUGCGGCCACAAGGAUGUUUGCUCUACUUGCGUGGCUCGCCUCCGAUUCAUAUGCGAUGAUCGUCGGUGCUGUAUAUGCAAGACGGAAUCUGACGUUGUUUUCAUCACCAAGGCUCUGGGAGACUAUACUAAGACUAUCAAUGAUUUUUCGUUAUUGCCUUCUGAAGCCAAAGAGGGUAGAGUGGGGCGGUACUGGUAUCAUGAAGAUACACAGGCAUUCUUUGACGAUUUGGAUCAUUAUAAGAUGAUCAAAGCCAUGUGUAGGCUUUCUUGCAGCGUGUGUGAUAAAAUGGAGGACCAGCCAGAUGAUGGCUCCAGGAGAAGGGCAAGGUUUAGGAACAUUGAGCAGCUAAAGGGUCAUCUGUUCCACAAGCAUAGGAUGAAUAUGUGCAGCUUGUGCUUAGAAGGAAGAAAGGUUUUUAUCUGCGAGCAAAAGUUGUAUACAAGAUCACAGCUGAUGCAGCAUACAAACACGGGUGACUCAGAGGUCGAUGGAACUGAAAGUGAGCGAGGUGGCUUUACAGGGCAUCCUAUGUGUGAAUUCUGCCGAACACCAUUUUAUGGUGAUAACGAGCUUUAUACUCACAUGUCUACAGAACAUUAUACUUGUCAUUUAUGUCAAAGGCAGAAUCCAGGACAAUACGAGUACUACAAGGAUUAUGAUGACUUGGAGAUCCACUUCCGACGAGACCAUUUUCUAUGUGAGGACGAGGGUUGUCUUGCCAAAAAGUUUAUUGUCUUCCUAUCUGAAGCUGAGUUGAAGAGGCAUAAUACUUUGGAGCAUGGUGGGCGUAUGUCUCGUUCAAAGCGCAGUGCUGCUCUCCAGGCAUGUUGCUCCAACUCAUAACCCAUAGUUGCUAAUUAUUAACUAAUUACUUCCGAUUAUAGAUAAUCCAGAAUAGACUCCCUCUCAGUGUUUCCUGAAAGUUAUUUGAACUUGAUUCAUUUUGCCUGUGACUCCCCCUCCUUUCAGUGGGUGGCCUGAGUAUGUGCUCUUAUGUCUGUAAUUCAUGCAGCUACCUACUAGUUUCCGAUACAGACGAAGUAGCGAACAAGAAAAUCGUCGUGGAAGAGGGCGCACAUUUCGGCGAGACCCUGCCGAUAACGAACUCUCUUUGGCCAUCCAAGCGAGUAUUGAGUCAGCGAGUGCCCCAUCAUCUAGUAUUCGGCCCAUUUCCGAUCAUGGAGAAGUUGCUGAUUUUGAAUCACUUAUACCAGCCACUGAAUCUUUAGCUGUCACAGACACACCUUCAAGAUACCUACAAGCCGUGUCCCAAAGUUCUAGAAGCGGAACUCUGGGAGAGUCUUCUUUUCCUCCUCUGCCAGUGGCUCCUGCAAUUAAUCAACAGAAUUCGCAUCCUGAUGUCCCUUCCAAGAAAACAAUGGCAGCCCAUCUCCGUAGCAAGGUCAACAAGAAGGUGAAUCCAGCGGCCAGUUCAUCAUCUCCUGCUUGGCCUGCCGUUACUCGGGCCCCUGCACAGCCCACAAUUAAUCCUCACGCUUGGCCUGCAGUAAAUUCUGUUUCUGGGCCUGUAUCUAGUUCUGGGCAGAGCAGAUGGGCAGUAGAAACUGGAGCCACAUCAUCUGCUAGUUGUUUAAUUUCAUCAAAGGCUUCUGGGAGCACGAGCCGCAUGACACAUUCCUCAUCCGCCCCUAAUCUUUCUGAACGCGAACAUCUCGGCACAAAAGUUAGCGAUUUUCCUCCGGUUUCAGCUGCCUCAGCACAGACACGCAAGCCGCAGCCACCUGCUGUGGAUCAAGCUUUGAAGGUGGAAAAUGUUCACACGGCGAACAAAUCCCUUGUGGAGAAAAUGCGUGUUGCUCUGGGGUUUGAUGAGGACAAAUUCACUGCCUUCAAAGACAUAUCCGGUGAAUACCGCCAGGGGUUAAUGGAUGCAGAGACAUAUCUAUCGUGUGUUGACCAGUUUGGUCUGUCUCAUCUUGUUCCGGAGAUGGCCAGGCUCCUGCCUAAUGCCUCGAAGAAGAAGGAGCUCAUGGACGCCUACAACCUGAAUAUGGUGUACUACAAUGCUUCGAGGGACACUACCUUGAGUGACGGUGUAAAACAUGGGAACAGCAGGUCCAAGAAAGGAAAAGGCAAGGCUGUGGAAUCACCCAGCAGCUCUGUUUUGGCCGACAGUGUGAUAAACACUGUAAAGCAGCUACAGGCAAGCUACAGCCAAAGCACUGAAGAAGAGGUUGAGGUUUUGUCAAAGGACGGAUACCGAGGCAGCAGGGCUAAGUCAAAGGUCUUGAUUGAUGAUGCAGCCGCCGAGUCUACAAAGUCAAGGAGCCUGGUUGACCCAUUACCUGCAACCAAUCAAAAUGCAGGUAUUGGUGAUGGGAAAAGCAAGAAGUGGAAGAAGACAUCCAAGUUCCACAGGGUCCGACUUGGUGAUGGCUCUGUUGAAGCAUUCCUGGAUUUGAAAAAUGCAGACCCAGAUCCGGAUCCUGUACCGAAUGGAAAGGAAGGUUCUUCUUCAGACUGGCCAAAUGAGAGCUUGCCCGUUCGUGGAGUGUGGAAAAAUGGUGGAGGUCAGAAGCUAUUGGGAGUGACUUCUAGAGGUUCUAAAAACUGAGUUUGGCUGAGGAGGUGAUGUGUGAGUUAAACCAAGACUUGGCUGUGUGGAAGUUGCUUUGUUCAUUCAGCCUAAUGAUUCAGUUGGCUUUCGGAAUCAGUGUCUUGGAGUGUUUUCUAGUGGUGAAGCUGUGCAGUUGUCUUCUGGGCUCUGCUGGAGUUUUGUUUGUUUUGGAUAUCACCUGGUAUACUCGGACGUACGUACGUUUGUUUGUUUUAUCAACUUUUGAAAUGUGCAGGGAAGUGUUCCCCUCGUACAUUCACGUUACUAAACAAGUUUUAGUAAUUUUUUCUUAUAUUUUUAAAAUGCCAGACUAGAGUAAGCGGUGUUUUAGUAUGCAUCAGCAAAGUUUAUACAAUUAUAUCCGUCUUCUGCUUCCUAUUUGAGUUUUGAUGUAAUUUGGCUACUUUCAUGAAAUGGCUAUGACCGUCCGAUCCACUCUGCUGAAUGUUGAUUUCCAUUUGUUGUUGUUUUUUUUUUUUU